UUUAGAUGUGGACUAUCGCAAUAUUACACUCUGGCUGAAAUAUGCGGAAAUGGAAAUGAAGAAUCGCCAGGUCAACCAUGCCCGAAAUAUCUGGGACCGGGCCAUAACAACUCUGCCCCGAGUCAACCAGUUCUGUCUAUGUGUGUCUUUCGAUCUGAAGUGAGUCUCUUGUAGACAGCAGCAUAUCUAUGGAUCUUGUUCUCUCAUCCAUUCAGCCACCGAAGUCAUUUUGACCAUGACAGAUAACUUCGGAUGAUUUUAUUAAAGGUACAAAUACACGUACAUGGAGGAGAUGCUGGGAAAUGUGGCUGGUGCCCGGCAGGUGUUUGAGCGCUGGAUGGAAUGGCAGCCUGAGGAGCAAGCCUGGCACUCCUACAUCAACUUUGAGCUGCGAUACAAAGAAGUGGAUCGGGCCCGCACCAUUUAUGAGAGAUUUGUACUUGUGCACCCUGAUGUUAAGAACUGGAUCAAGUACGCCCGCUUUGAAGAAAAACAUGGUUAUUUUGCCCAUGCACGAAAAGUGUACGAGAGAGCUGUGGAAUUCUUUGGAGAUGAACAUAUGGAUGAACGCCUUUAUGUUGCCUUUGCCAAAUUUGAAGAAAAUCAGAAAGAAUUUGAAAGGGUACGAGUGAUAUACAAGUACGCCCUGGAUAGAAUUUCAAAACAAGAGGCCCAAGAGCUCUUUAAAAAUUAUACCAUCUUUGAGAAGAAGUUUGGUGACAGGCGGGGUAUUGAAGACAUCAUUGUGAGCAAACGGAGAUUCCAAUAUGAAGAAGAAGUGAAGGCUAAUCCACACAAUUAUGAUGCCUGGUUUGAUUACCUGCGCUUGGUGGAAAGUGAUGCAGAAGCAGAAACUGUACGAGAAGUCUAUGAAAGAGCUAUUGCCAAUGUCCCACCCAUUCAGGAGAAGAGACAUUGGAAGCGUUACAUCUAUCUUUGGGUCAACUAUGCACUCUAUGAAGAACUGGAGGCAAAGGAUCCUGAAAGGACAAGACAGGUGUAUCAAGCCUCUUUGGAACUAAUUCCUCAUAAAAAGGUACAUCUGCUCUUAGUGUUCUGUUUCAAAAGUUAAAACCCUGCUUCUGUUGUGAAAUAGU